AUGAUUGGAUCUGAUGUUGAUAACUGGCCUUGUUAUGGUGUAUCUCAUUGCCUUGGAAUCUGGACAACAGUUUCAUAUAAUACAGAAUUGCCUUUCCAUUCGCAAUCUGAAGAUAUCAACAUUUCUAAGAAUUUGAAAUUCCUUGAAUACAUGAUUUAUGCCGUUGACAAUCAAAAAUGGCCUUCACAGAUUGACUUUGAUGUUUCUUACUAUUUUGAGCAGGAUAUCCACAGAGAAAUUAUAGCGAUUGAUCCUAAAGCUUCGAUAUUAGUUGGAUGUGAUUUCAACAAAUACCUUAGCAAUUUGAAGCAAAAUAUUUCACAAGAUAAGAGAUGCGGAGAAGAGAAUAAUUUGUAUACUAAUUACAUGCCAGCUGAAUAA